UAAGCAAGCCAACAAUCACCCAGUCAGUCAACUAGUUCCACUACUAGUGUUUAAUACUUAUAAUUUCGUUCCAAUAUAUAUGGGCAGAUAUAUUCUAUGGAUUUUGUAACGCACAUAACGUGAAUUUAAUACGAGAAUAAUCAUAAAGACCAAGUGUGAUUAUAUCCAUCAAACUUUAAGUUUGUGGGAAUAUUGCGCGUACUGCAGAAUAUUGAGUAUUGAACGACCAGUAGUGGAGUAUCAUCAAGUUGAACUGUUGCUGGUUUAAAUAAAAAAUAAAGAACAUAAAAAACAAACAAAAAACUUUGGGGAGUGUUUCGCCCUUACGCGGUGACAGAAAAAAGAGUGACUAGCCAAACCGAAGUUUAAUGAUUUGCAGUCUUUUACAAAGGCAUUCAUAACGGCUAAUUUAACGAAAUUAUAUUCCAUUAGAACAUCAUGACCGCAAGAAGGAUCAUCGCAUUUUCGAUGAUCAUUAUCAUUGGGGUCCUGUGGAGGGCUUUAGAAAUUGAAGCGCUUCCCACCGUAAACUUUUUCGGACAACAAAACCAUAUUAAUUGGACUCAAUCGGAAGAUCGUUGGGAUAUUGUAUCAAUCCCGCGCAGCAUCAAACCUCAUGUUGAUUUAUCUCAAAAGAAUGGCAACCGUACAAAUCCUCUGGUAGGUCAAGACCAUGAAGCAGAAUUCUUGGAGCAUUUGCGUCAGCUAAAAUAUAACAACCCUUCUUCUUGGCCGCGCAUGCUUUGGCAAGAGAGCUCGAACAACAACAACGGCUUGGUGAACAAAGCUUUAAAAUUAUUUAACUUGAAACAGGUCUCCUACGAAAUUGAGAACAGCGUUCUUUCUAAAGUAUCCUGCACAGCGUGUAAAGCAGGCGCCGGCUUAUUGUUACACUACAUACACACGGGGAAAUCGCAGCAAGAAAUUAUUAAAAUGAUUUUUCAUUUUUGCGCAAAUCUCAAUAUACAAUCACCGCGAGUAUGUGAAGGUGUUUCAACGCUUUUUGGCAGUGAAGUAAUUUACGUUCUGCAGCGCACCACCCUAGGACCUGACGAGAUUUGCAGUUUUGUCAUCGGAGACGGUUGUGGAGAUGUUUAUAAUCCCUAUCACGAGUGGGAUGUUGUAUUUCCGCCAGUUCCAAAGCCCGCAGUAACAGAAGCGGCCGCGCCCAAAGACGGUGCUCCAUUUUUCAAAGUUCUGCAUAUCUCCGAUACUCAUUAUGACCCUCACUAUAUUGAGGGUUCGAAUGCUCAGUGUAAUGAACCCUUAUGCUGUCGUUUAAGUAGCGGAAGACCAGAAAAUCCGAAUAGCAGAGCCGGUAAAUGGGGCGACUAUCGCAAAUGCGAUACUCCCAAAAGAACUGUUGACAAUAUGUUAUCACAUAUUGCGGAUACACAUAGCGACAUUGAUUACAUUUUGUGGACGGGAGAUUUGCCACCCCACGAUGUUUGGAACCAAAGUAAAGUAGAAAAUUUGGAAAUUCUGAAGGAAACCGUACGACAAAUGGUUGAGAAAUUUCCUGGUGUUCCGAUAUUCCCGGCUUUAGGCAAUCAUGAGAGUGCCCCCGUGAAUAGUUUCCCUCCGCCUUUUAUCACUCAAGAUGAUAAUUCUAUUUCGUGGCUUUAUGAUGAAUUAGAUGUGCAAUGGCGUCGUUGGCUACCUCAAAGUGUUUCGAACACCUUGAAACGCGGUGCGUUCUACUCGGUGCUUGUGAGACCCGGUUUUCGUAUUAUUUCAUUGAACAUGAAUUACUGUAAUAAUAAGAAUUGGUGGUUACUGUUGAAUUCCACCGAUCCAGCAACUGAGUUGCAAUGGUUUAUCUAUGAAUUGCAAAGCGCAGAGUUUUCUAAUGAAAAAGUUCAUGUUAUCGGACACAUACCUCCCGGUCAUUCAGACUGCUUGAAAGUGUGGUCCAGAAACUUUUACAAAAUCAUUUCGCGGUAUGAAAACACAGUCGCAGCGCAAUUUUACGGUCAUACGCAUUUUGAUGAAUUUGAAUUGUUUUACGAUCCGAGCGAUCUGACGCGACCUAACAAUAUAGCUUACAUUGGACCAUCGGUAUCGCCAUAUUACGACUUAAAUCCAGGCUAUCGUAUCUACUAUGUAGACGGUGACCACGACCACACCACACGUCUAGUAGUGGAUCAUGAAUCUUGGAUUAUGAAUCUGAAAGAAGCUAAUCUGUACGGUUAUCCUAUAUGGUAUAAAUUGUAUGCAGCCCGUUCCGCCUACAAGAUGAAAGCUUUGAGACCGGUUGAUUGGGACAAUCUAAUCAAUGAAAUGGCCAACAAUCAAGAAUUAUUCGAUCUUUACUAUAAAAACUAUUGGAAAAAUUCACAUUUACGACCAGUGUGUGAUGCCGAGUGCCGAAAACGUAUACUAUGUGACGCCAAAAGCGGACGUUCGCACGAUCGUCGACAGUUCUGUUAUAGUGUAGAAUGGAAAGUGGAUGAUGAUGCGGGUAAAUCAUGGAAAUCGUGGUUUUAUCGUGGUCUUAGCAACUCGGGCUUACUCUCAGUACUCGCCGAGGCUCUUAGUAACGGAGAAGCUGAUAAUCCUGCUGAAGAAGCAGAAACGUCAACCUCUUAGCGGGCACCAGAUGCCAUUAUUACUUACGUGUAAUAAAUAUAAAUGAGACAAAAUCUUAACAAUUCAAACAAAAGAAAAUCUUGAUUGGUUGUGGCUCUAACAUUGAAAGGAAAAUGUGACAAACUUUUGAACUAAUAAUAAAUCAAUCGAUACCAAAGUUAACAAAAUAAAAAGUUUAUUUCUUACCAAAGUA